AUGAACGUAUCAAACUUCGUCGUCCAUCAAGAUCAUCCUUCAACCGAUUCGGACGAAUCCACGCUCUCACAGCUUCUGACAGGAUUGCCUCUGUAUGCCUUCCAACAAAAUUACGAUGAGGAGGAUUUCCCAAGGCCGCGGUCAUCAACCCUUCCAAUGAAGAGGCCCGCUGACACUAUCUCCCAAGGCGAUGCAGACGAGGAAGAAUUGACCGCUACGAUGCCCCUUCCACCUACCGACUAG